UACGUGAAAAGACAAAAUCCCCUUCAAAGUUAUUUCAACGGUUAUGCUGCACCCUUCCCACUCUCUCCAUUACCAUCUGACUUCUCCAUUCAACCAGCUUUCUCAGAAUUAAACCAUGUUGUUGUCAAGAGGAUGUUCCCCGAUUUCAAGAACUGGGUUGAAUCAGUUUCGAUAUUCAGCUGUUGCUACAUAUCAUCAAUUGUUAUGCAACUCAAACGCCAUUAUCAAUUCUUCUUCAAUGUUGUCUAAGUAUAUCUGGGGUUUUACAGAAAAUACAUCUGGGAGAUUCUUUCGUGAUGGUGCAAGACAUUAUAUACAUCAUGUUGCAACGUCUACAAUUGAGGUCCAAUCAGAUCCUUUUUCCCUUGUUUCUGAUGAGUUAUCACUCGUAGCUGAUAGAUUGCGGUCAAUGGUAGUCACAGAGGUCCCUAAGUUGGCAUUUGCUGCUGAAUAUUUCUUCAAAAUUGGAGUUGAAGGAAAGCGCUUUCGUCCCACAGUUUUAUUGUUGAUGGCAACAGCUUUGAACAUGUCCGAUAGACCAUCACUUGAUUAUUUGGAAACACCGCUUCGUAGAAGACAACAGUGCAUUGCUGAGAUCACAGAAAUGAUCCAUGUGGCAAGCCUUCUUCAUGAUGAUGUAUUGGAUGAUGCUAAUACAAGACGUGGUAUUAGAUCAUUAAACUCUGUAAUGGGGAAUAAGUUAGCAGUUUUAGCAGGUGAUUUGUUGCUCUCUAGGGCUUGUGUAGCUCUAGCCUCUUUGCAAAAUAAUGAGGUUGUGUCAUUAAUAGCUGAGGUUGUACAGCAUCUUGUCACCGGUGAGACAAUGCAGAUGACAACAACGUCUGAGCAGCGAUUAAACAUGCAGUAUUACAUGGAAAAGACCUACUACAAAACAGCAUCAUUGAUCUCAAAUAGCUGCAAGUCCAUUGCACUUCUUGCAGGGCAAUCUACUGAAGCUGCUAUGUUAUCUUACCAGUAUGGGAAGAAUUUGGGAUUGGCAUUCCAAUUGAUUGAUGAUGUUCUUGAUUUCACCGGCACAUCUGCAUCACUUGGAAAGGGUUCACUUUCUGAUAUUCGUCAUGGAAUCAUCACAGCCCCUUUGUUGUUUGCCACAGAAGAAUUCCCUCAACUAGGUGAAGUUGUGCAGCGAGGCCUUGACAACCCUGCAGAUGUUGAUCUUGCUCUUGAUUAUCUUGGGAGAAGUCAAGGAAUUCAAAGAGCGAAGGAUUUAGCAUUGAUGCAUGCAAACCUAGCGGCUGCAGCUAUUGAUUCUCUGCCCCAGAGUGAUGAUGAUGAUGUUAGAAGGUCAAGGCAGGCCCUUAUAGAUCUUACACUCAUAGUCAUAAACAGAACAAAGUGAAGAAAGAUUUACUUGAAGCUUUUGAAGUCCACAGUUUUGUUUGAUCUAUUUUUGUACACAUGUAUAAUGAGGCAGUCCCAAGUAUACUGGUUUACGGUUCGCAUUUUUGAGUAACCGAUCUAACGGUUAACCGUACUGUUAAGGCUCAAUGGUACGGUUAACCUAUUGUGCCCAGCCCUACUUAUAGAUCUUACACUCAUAGUCAUAAACAGAACGAAGUGAAGAAAGAUUUACUUGAAGCUUUUGCAGUCCACAGCUUUGUUUGAUCUAUUUUUGUGUACAUGUAUAAUGAGGCAGUCCCAAGUAUACUGGUUGGCCUCAAUAUUCUUUCACAGGUUCAAUUAUGUACUUUUGCUGCUGUUUAGAAGGACUUUAUUGGAUGUGAAAGUAGCAAUAGUGAAUGUUUUAUUUUUUUUAUCGUUUUUUUUAAAAAAAAAAAUUUAAACAAAUUUUUUAUAUGCGGCAUGUUUUACGGUGCGACAGGGGUUGCUUGAGUUUCUCGAUCAGGAUUACUUGAGUUUCUUGGCCAGGGGUUACUUAAUUUCCCGGGGUUACUCGAGUUUUCGAGGUUACUUGAGUUUCUCGAUCAGGGGUUACUCGAA